GUUCCAUUAGUAAAUAUUUCUCAACGUCGUCUUAGAUGAUUUCGAAGGACGGAAUCUUGUUAAAUUCCAGUUUCGAAAUAGAUUGGGUCGUUGGUUCACACGCAGACUACAUAGGAAUAUAGCAGUUGAAAAAGCUGACACGAUGGAUCGAAGGAUUGAGGCGCUGUUAGACAGACUAGGUUGCCUUGCGCGCCCAUUAGCUGUUGGUUUCAGGCACCCGUUGCAAACAAAAGCCAACUGCUCGGCAAGGAUCUUUGGAUCUCACCCCUUCCCUUCCAUUCUUGACAUGUCGCCUCCUCGAUUUGCUUCGAAUUACUCAAACGGUACACGUUGUUCCGACAACAACCUCCUGCCCAGCAACAAGCCGUCGCAAGCAUCCGCACCAAAACGACUCAUCACGGAGACCCGCACCGUCGGUUCUUUGCCUAACCCAACCACAACUGCGACUUCACAAUCGCCUGCCUCGGGUCAGAGCUCCGCUGAAUACAGACGCACCAUGGCAGAUAGCAGCAACGCCAAUGCGUCCCGUCAGGAGGAUAUCCGUAAUCUCAGGGGCCAGCUCCUGGACCGUGUGGGGAAUCAGGGUAGGGGAAUGCGGGCAAAGAAUGGGCAAGGUGGGAGGCCAAAAGCUUAGUCUCCGAUAGUCGGCGAAGGAAUAUUGGAGUAUUGCCUUUCGAUGGCGGGCUUUUUGGGAUGUGAUAUAGGGUCCAUCUCUUGAACAGGUGGGCGGGGAUGCCGGAUUCAUAAACGCUUGCAGGGUAGGCAGCAAGUUGUGGUCGAAGAUUCACCUUGGAUUUAAAAUUGGAGGUUCCUUUGGUUCAAAGUCAGCGCAAACACACAUAUUCUAAACGCUGAUGGCAGCCAAGAGAUUUUGAAAUAAUCUUCUUGCAGCACCACACGGACGCGUAUUUCAGCUAUCCUACGUCUACUAGAGCAGAUCAAAUUUGAGCAAGUGUAGCUUGAAGGACGCAUU